CUUGGAUUGUGUGUCAUGGCAAAGGGUCUGUGCUUACACAGUAUUGCACUACUGCCGAAACGUUAGCACUUUACUAGCUGCUGCUAGCAAACUAGCUAUAGUAGCUGACGUUAGAUAUUUACUUAGCAUUUAGCUUACGUUAGCCUUUUCUAUCUGGUUUGCUUCAUUGUGCGUGUGAAUAGUUUAAUAGUUAACUGGUUAUCUUGCUGGGUAUCUAGCUAGCUACCUGGACUGGCUUGAUCGGCUGAUGUCCAUAUUGACUGUACAUAUGCCAGGCCCUGUUCUGGCAUAAUGGAGCAGAUGAAGGGUAGGCGCCACAUUUGGUUGGGUGUGGCAUGAGACAGACACAUACCAGGGUGUCUCUUCUACCAUCCUGCAUCCCCAAACAGCAUACCCAUGGCCUCCAGCUACCCACCCCCCUUUGAGGGCACUGGAGAGGUGAAGGAGGGUUUCCUAUGCCCACUGUGCCUGAAGGACCUACAGUCGUUUUACCAGCUCCAGGAACACUAUGAGGAGGAGCACUCAGGGGAUGACCGACACGUCAGGGGACAGCUCAAGAAUCUGGUACAGAAGGCCAAGAAAGCCAAAGACAAGUUGCUGAAGAGGGAUGGUGAGGACAAACCAGACACGGGCAGCUAUGAGUCCUUCUAUUAUGGAGGAGUGGACCCUUACAUGUGGGAGCCUCAGGAACUGGGGGCGACCAGGAGCCACUUAGACCUGUUCAAGAAGCACCGGGCCGCCAGGAUCGACCACUACGUCAUCGAGAUCAACAAGCUGAUAAUCAGGCUGGAGAAGCUGACAUCGUUUGACAGGAUGAACAUCGAUGCAGGGAAGAUUAGAGCAAUUGAGAAGUCUGUUGUUUCCUGGGUGAACGACUCGGACGUUCCCUUUUGUCCCGACUGCGGGAACAAGUUCAACCUCCGGAACAGGCGCCACCACUGUCGGCUGUGCGGCUCCAUCAUGUGUAGGAAGUGCAUGGAGUUCGUGCCCCUGGCUCUGGCCUACAAGCUGACCAGCGGGACGCGGGAGGCCCUCAGCGUCCCAGGCAGCCCGGGCCAGUCCCGGUCCCCACCGGCGGGGGGUGGCGGGAUGGGCUCGCGGCGGGGAAGCCUCAGCAGCCUGAGCAGCGUCACCUCCAUGCUGGAGGAGAAGGACGACGAGAGGAUCCGCUGCUGCCGCCACUGCAUGGACACCCUGACGAAGAGACAGGAGAAGCUGGAGGAGAAGGACCACGUGCCGGACAUCGUCAAGCUUUACGAGAGGCUGAGGCUGUGCAUGGACAAGGUGGACGAGAGGGCUCCGGAGUACAUACGAAUGGCGGAGUCCCUCAACGCGGGAGAGACCACUUACAACCUGGACACUGCAGGUGGACUGAGAAUGGAAGUCCAGAAGUACUACGAACUGAUCGAUGCACUAAGUAAGAGGAUCUUAACGCUGGGAGCAAAAGAAGAGCCGCCACCACAUCCUAAGAGUCUCCAACUACAGCGAAUGGUCAGAUACACAGCCACACUGUUCGUCCAGGAGAAGCUCCUGGGCCUGAUGUCCCUACCGACGAAGGACAAGUAUGAACAGCUGAAGGAGAAGAGGAGACAAGAGCAGGAGAAGAGGGUGGCCCAGGAGAGACUGGCUGCCCAGGAGGCUCAGAAGCGGAGGCAGGAUUCGGAGAAAAAACGCCCAGCCGCAAACACCAACGGGGAGACUCCCCUGGCUCCCAGGCCCCCCCGCAUGACCAAGGCCGGGGGCUGGCUACCAUCCGCCGACACCCUCCACACACGCGGGGAGCUUGAGGACCCCCUGCUGCAGCAGAUUGACAACAUCCAGUCGUUCCUGCGGCAGGCCAAGGCAGCCCGGAGGCAUGACGAAGUGGCCAUGUUGGAGGAGAAUCUCAGACAGCUGCAAGAUGAGUAUGACCAGCAGCAGACCAGUCUGGCCAUUGCUCUGUCCCAGAGGAUGGCCCAGGAAGAGACCCUUCAGCAGGACCAGCUGCUGCGCCUGGAAGACCGGGAGAUGCUGGAGAGGGAGAACAGGGCCCUGGGGUCCCAGGCUACGUACACCUGGCAGGGCUCACUGAAUGUAACCAAGAGCCUCCAACCAGAGGACGACCAGGCAGAGGAGGAAGAAGAGUUGACCCCUAAGGCUGAGAGGAGCCCCCUGUCCACGAGGGCAUUCCCCAACCUGACCGACCAGAAUGAGGAGUCGCCGCCGCGCCUGAGGAGGCUAGGGGGAGAAGUAACGCCCCCUGGCGGCGAGGAACAGAACAGCGCCUCCCACAACCCCUUUGAGGAGGAAGACUCCACCCCAGCAGAGGAGGAUCCGUCCAACCCAUUCUUCGAGGAGCUCCGUAAGGAGCACAGGGACGUGGCUAACGGGAAGAAGGCGUACAACCCGUUUGAGGAUGAAGAGGGGGGCGCGGAGGAUCAGCAGGGGGAGGCCGCAGGCAACCCAUUCGAAGGGGCCAACAACGAAGAUGUCCCUUUCAAAAAGUCCCCCCGGUUUAACCCCCCGGGAGCCUCAAACAACCCCUUCGAGGAGGAUGAGGAGGCGAUGCCGGAUGUGGAUGUGAUCGAGGAGGACCUGCUGCUGCAGCAGAUCGAUAACAUACGGGCCUACAUAUUUGACGCCAAGCUAAACCGGAGGCUGGACGAGGUAGAGCUGCUGUCGGAGAAUCUGAGGGAGUUACAGCGCACCCUGCAGGAACAGAAGAGCAAGACCCACUGACGGGACACCUUUUUCCUCAACGUCAGUGCCACCACAUAUGUCCAGCUGAGCGGGCCAACCAGGGUUUAAAGGCUAUUGCCGAGACGCUACCAUAGUUCCCUUAUCAGACCAGCAAUCAAGUUGAUUCUGGGUCCAGUGAAGGGACCAUCUCGAUAGUCUGCGCUUCCUCUACAUGUCCUGUCUGAUGUGAUCACCUAGCAUUAGUUCCUUGCCGAUCGGUUCAGAUCUCUGUGUCAGUUAAGUGCAGAUCAAGCCAAGGAAGCCACUCAAGACUUGAGGUUGUCAUUGGGGUCGGGCAGCCUGACAGUGGACGGGUGUCUACCGCAAGAUGCUUUUAGGUGUUUCCCUCGCUCCCGUACUUACUAAUAACACUUACUUUAUCAAGGUGUCCUUUUGGAGCCCAGGGCUAUGGAUUUUAUUGUAUUUCUAUGGUAAGAAGCACAAAGGACAUAGUAUAAAAAUUGUAGUCAUCCGUUAUAGACAUUUGUCCGUAGUCAGCCACAGGAGGAAGCUUAUUUGGGUAUCAAAGGCAAGACAUUGAUCCGGAGUACUGCAACUGAAUAGAUACCUUAUGUGGAAUCAGGGUUGCAUUCGAGAUCAUUGGUUUGGGAAUGAUUUGGUGUUCAUCAAUGACAUUGACUCUAAAUAGUUUACAAUGAAAGCUUUGUCAUCAUGUGCCUCCUCUGCACUUUAAGCGCACCCCUGAUUACUAAGCAUAACUAACCAGUAACUGAAGCAUUUUGGCUGUCAGAUCUUCACAUGCAGUUUUGGAGUGGAAGCCCAUUGCGUUUAAAUUUUAACUACGCCCUGUACAGCUGUACUUCCACGACGCAGAAUGAACAGAGCCCUGUGUUUGAGUCGUCAUUCCUCGGGGUCCAGUGACGGCCAGGAAGAGAAUUUCAAUUAACAAAACAUUAAGCCAUGAUGAGCAAAUGCAACAAAACCUUCUUUGCUUUAAAAUUCUUUCAGUUUCUGUAAGCUUGUUUUGUGCGUUCACCGUCAGAGUUGAUCAAGUGCAGGUUAGAUGCAUUUGCUUUCAGCACUAGUGAUGUACGUGUUUAGGAUCCCUGGGGCACUUCAGCAUAGUUGUCCAAGUAGGUUUUCAAUGCUGAUAUGGUCAGAGGCUUCGGUUCAGCCCAAAAGUGGGUUACUGGCAGUGCAGAUUUUGAAGGCCAUUUCCAAUUUAGAUGAGAUCUGCAGAAUCUACAGUUUAUGGUAAUCUCCAGCAACAUUGCCUCUAAAAGCCACAUUCCUUAUAACCUUUGGAUUGCAUCCAGGACCUAGAGUUUCUCUUCACUAUCCUACCCUGUGUUGACUCUUACACAGUGGAGAUCCAUCCUAGUUCUCUCUACGUGUUGUCUUUGAAUGCAUUCAAAUGUGAAAUAUAAACACUUAAUUUGUUUCUUACCCUGGACGCAUAUCGCUUUCUCUAAUGCCAAGCCUGCUUCAGAUGAGUCCUCAAUGUAAUUAUUUUUCAAUAUCCAUGUAGUCCUGUAAAUUCCAUUGGUAUUUAUGGCGUAUUUAUUAUGCAACUGAUUCAGCCAAUUAUUUCACAGCAGCAUUUACCAUUAAUACAACAUCAUUGUUGCAGUGAAGAUGUUUAGGUCCUACGCACAGACUGGUCCAUUUAUCCAGAAUGCUUUGCUUAGGGGCCUAUCUUCUCAACUGUCACAGCAUCGGGCUUUAGAUGUAAGAUUAGCAGCAUUUUAUAUUUCAUUUGUCAUCGUAGGUAAAUUGAACAACACUAAACCAAUCGCACGUAACCAAGUAUUAUCACAUCUGCAGUUGUCAAGCUCCCAUGUCUCCUGUCGAGUAAGUACUUUAAUAUUGUAUCUAAGUACUGGUUUCCUUGUCUUGCAGGAUAAAACAACAGCACUUGUUAGUUACUUUGUUGAACUAAAGCAGUAUUGUGUUCGCUGUAGUCAAGCAUGCAGUGUACCAGGAACUGAGCUGCAUACAACAGAGCAUUUUGAAACAACAUUAAUUACAUUGCAAAAUGUAUUUGUGGCAAAUGUCUAUUGACUAGUUGAGUAGCUUUUUGAUAAUGUUGCCUGUUUACGUUCAGUUAUCAUCAAGGCUCUGCUGCUCGACACCAAUUAAAGACAUGGCGUAUGUGAACAAUG